AUGUUCCAUUUUGCUUCUAUGACUCAGUUGAAGAUCCAUCUUGCCCUAACAAUGUUCCAGUUCAGAAACGCAUUGAUUGCCACCCUCAGCUUGGUGCCUCAAAAGAGGCAUGUGAGGCAAAGGGCUGCAUUUGGUGUUCUACAAAAGUCUCCAAUGCCCCCUGGUGCUCUUUCCCAGAAGAUGGUCUAUAUGGGUAUUCUCUGUCUGGGCCGCUGCAAAAGACAGCUAAAGGCUGGAGCACUUUGGUGUGUGGUAAUUAAGUGUGUUUGUAGGUUAAUGCUGAUGAAACGUAAUAUCAUGAUGUCACUGUUCGGCAAUGAUAUUUCUUCUGUUGCCAUGGAUGUGGAGUUCCAGAUGAAAGACCGACUCAGGUUUAAGAUUUAUGAUCCUAAUAGCCAACGAUUUGAAGUUCCACUCAAGAUUGAGUCUCCAUCCACUGCUGCUGCUGACACCAGCUAUGACAUCGAGUUUAUAAAUCAGCCCUCCUUUCAGUUUAAAAUCAUAAGGAAAAGCACAGGAACAGUGCUGUGGGACACAUCACUUGGAGAUUUAAUUUUUUCCAGACAGUAUCUGCAGAUUACCACCAUUGUGCCAUCCACCUCUGUUUAUGGAUUUGGUGAACAUGAACAUCCAUCCUUUAAGCACAAUAUGAAUUUUGUUAAUUAUGCAAUGUUUUCCAGAGACCAGCCACCAACACCAUUUACCAAUCUUUAUGGAGUUCAUCCUUUUUAUAUGUGCAUCGAGAAUGACUCAAAUACUCACGGUAUCCUCUUACUGAACUCCAAUGCACAAGAUAUUACUCUGAGUCCAAAUCCAUCCUUAACCUUCCGCACCAUUGGAGGGAUCCUCGACUUCUAUGUAUUUCUUGGCCCAACUCCUGAAUAUGUAGUACAGCAAUACACAGAGGCCAUUGGACGCCCACAUUUUCCUUCCUAUUGGUCUCUGGGAUUUCAGCUGUCUCGUUAUGGGUAUGACAGCCUUGAUGUGGUAAAGAAAACAGUUGAUCGCAUGCAGCAGUAUGGUAUUCCAUAUGAUGUCCAGUAUGGUGAUAUCGACUACAUGGAGCGUCGUUUGGACUUCACCUAUGAUAAAGAAAACUAUGCAGGUCUGCCAGAGUACAUUCAACAGCUGAAAAAAGAUGGAAUGCACUAUGUCAUUAUUCUGGAUCCUUUCCUAAGUAAGGAUGAAGCACCAGGUACUUAUUGGCCCUAUGAACUUGGACAAGAAAUGGGAAUCUGGGUGAACAAUUCUGAUGGAGUAACUCCAGCUGUUGGCAAGGCAUGGCCCCCAGGAGAUUCGGUGUUUCCUGACUACACUAACCCCAGGACAGCUGAUUGGUGGAUCCAGAUGUGUAUUGAGUUCAAAACUGUCCUUGACUAUGACGGACUCUGGAUUGAUAUGAAUGAACCAGCCAAUUUUGGAACUGGCCAGUACCCAGGCUGUGCUCUUAAUGACCUCAACUACCCUCCUUAUGUUCCUAGAAUUAUCGAUUACUCUCUGGCUCAGAAGACAUUAUGUCCAGACUCAAAAACUUAUCUGGGGGAUCAUUAUAACACACAUUCUCUCUUUGGCUGGUCACAGACACCACCAACUUUUGUUGCUGUUCAGAAGGCCACUGGAAAGCGAGCAUUCGUUCUGAGUCGUUCUACAUUUGUCGGAAGUGGGAAAUAUUCCGGUCACUGGCUAGGUGACAACUUUUCACGCUGGAAAGAUAUGCACAUGUCAAUAAUUGGAAUGUUGGAAUUUAAUCUCUUUGGGAUUCCAUAUAUUGGUGCUGAUAUCUGUGGGUUUCUCCUUGAUACAACUUAUGAACUCUGCUUACGAUGGAUGCAACUGGGUUCAUUUUAUCCUUUCUCCAGAAAUCAUAAUGGAGAGGGCCAGAUGGAGCAAGACCCUGCAGUGUUUGGAGCAGAAUUUGCUGAGAUAGCUCGGUCUACACUAUUGAUUAGAUACACGCUGUUGCCUUAUUUGUACACCUUAUUCUUUGACUCUCAUGUCCAUGGAAACACAGUGGUGCGAGGAUUAAUGCAUGAAUUUACUUCUGAUCGGCAGACUCAUGGAAUAGAUACAGCUUUCCUUUGGGGACCAGCUUUUAUGAUUGCUCCAGUUCUUCAAGAGGGAGCAAGAUCAGUGGAUGUAUAUUUCCCGGAAGCAUCCUGGUUUGACUACUAUACAGGUGAUGAAGUGCCAGCUUCCUGGCACAGAAAAUAUGUUAGUGUUGAUGCCCCAUUGGGCAAGAUCCCACUCUUUCUCCGUGGAGGUUACAUUCUGCCAACCCAAGCGCCAGCCACAACGACUACUCUGAGAAAUUACAACAUUUCUAGUUUUACUGUGAACUUUGAGGAGGAGAAAAAGUACCUCCAUAUUGAUUGA